AUGCCUGGUAUUGAACAACCGGUUAGCCGGAAGAACGAAACACUGGUAAAAUUAUCAAGCUUAGCCGACGAGUUUGUGUUUAAUGAUGAAGUCCAGUUGAACUUACAGGAUGUACUACAAGAAUGCGUUGACACGUAUCAGAACUACCAGGAUGAAGUUAAAAAGAUUAAAAAUAUGGAUCACACUGAAAGUGAGAAAGUAUCAGAACUCUGCAAGUCAGCAUAUAUCUACUACAAGAUAGUCCACAACUUCAUAACGAAAGUAAUACCCCAUCUACCUGAAUUCGAGGUGGCAACUGGACCUAAAGCAUCGAAGUUGCAAGCUGAACUGAUCAAGAUAUACUAUUCAUUAUUCUCUCGAUUGGAGAGUGACAAGAAAAUAAGUUAUAUUAAAAACAUAAUUAUAAAGCAUAUGGAUACUCAAGAAAAUAAUCAUUCAGUUGAAUCACAUGAACAAGUCAAAUUGAGUAACAAAAAACUACCAGUUAAUCGUGAUGCCAUAGAAAUCGAUAAGGAUUCCAUACUUCAGGAUAUCAGGUAUAUUAAUGGUAAGAGAUCCGGGUCAGGUAUAUCAUGUUCAGAGCUAUUGUCUUUGAUGAAGAUGAAGGAAGAUAGCUUACUAUUAAUAGAUGUGCGACCAAAACUUGAAUACGAUGCCCACCAUAUCAAGACUAAAAAUAUCAUAUGUAUAGAACCGAUAUCAUUCAAAGAAAGCUAUUCAGAUCAACAGAUAGAGAAGACUUCAAUGAUUCCUUCUCCGAAGCAUGAGAUCCAAUUAUUUCAACGGAGAAGCGAAUUUCAAUAUAUCAUCUUAUAUACAGACCUGGAAGAGAAGUCUAAUUUUUACUUCCAACAGUUAAAAUCACUAUUGGAGAUACUUUUACAGCGGUCUUUUCUGAGACCAAUCGACGAUAGAAAGACCAAGGUUCUUUUUUUAAGCGAUUCCCUACAAAAUUGGAUAAAGAAUGGAGGGGAAAUCGAUAAAUCACAGGAGGUAAGCAAAAUUAGAAAUAGGUCAAUCAGUGGCAGCGGGCCUCUACUAAAUUCAUUAUCAGAAAGAAAAACAAUCGGAGCCUUUCCAGAUAUCAAUCGAAAUAGUACAAAGCAAAUGCCAAUAUCCCCAUUACCAUCUUUACCUGGAUCAGAAAGGACAGUUGCUACACCACCAAACGGGUCAAGUACCCUUGGCAGAAUAAAUAGUCCAGUUACCCAUUAUCCCAAAGCCCCACUAAUUAACGAUAGUGAAUUCCACUUGAACAUAAACAACAAUCACUCACCUCCCACUCACCUCCCCUCCAAGGACAACAAUCCCCUGGCAAGUAGUAUGCCUAUUGGUUCAGAUCAUAAACCAUUUAUGUCUCCACAAAAUUCCUUGCCACUAGCACCCAAACCCCCGACAUUAGAAUCAAAAAACUAUAACUUCAUAUCUGAUCGUUCUAACAUAAUUGACCAAAAACAAAAUAGAAGUAGGUCACUUGAACCCCAGCUGCCACCUAUACCAAGCACUCUGAUAAGAAAAAAUUCACCAGAAAAAACUUUGUCAUGUAAUCAAAUGAUGGAUACAUCCUUUACUGUGGGUUUGGAAAACAUGGGAAAUUCAUGUUACAUAAAUUGCAUAAUACAAUGUAUUUUUGCAACUACAGAACUUAUCAAAAUUUUUCUUAAUGGAACCUAUGCCAAACAUAUUAACAAGCAGAGUAAACUCGGCUCUAAGGGGGUUCUAAGUCAUAAUUUUGCAAAGCUAUUAAAAGAUAUGUAUGAAGAGAAUAGUAGCAAAAAAAUUGGUAAAAAGCAUGGUGCAGUUAAAACUCUCCAAUUCAAGAUGGCCUGUGCAUCUGUAAAUUCCUUAUUUAAAGAUGCUAGCCAACAAGACUGUCUGGAAUUUUGUCAAUUCUUAUUAGAUGGACUCCACGAGGAUUUGAACCAAUGUGGGGCUAAUCCACCCCUCAAGGAACUUUCACCGGAAGCUGAGAAAAUGAGGGAGAAUUUAUCUUUGCGUGUGGCAUCAAGCAUUGAAUGGGAAAGGUAUUUAACAACUGACUUCAGCAUAAUUGUAGACUUAUUUCAAGGCCAGUAUGCAUCCCAACUAAGGUGUAAAGUUUGCAAUCGAACUUCAACGACAUAUCAAGCCUUUUCCGUGUUAUCUGUGCCUGUACCCUCAGGUAAAAGUUGUGGUUUAUUGGAUUGCUUCAUCGAAUUUACUAAGACUGAAAACUUGGAAGUAGAUGAACAAUGGUUCUGUCCAAGCUGUAAAAAAAAGCAACCAUCAACCAAAAAAUUGACUAUCACCCGUCUACCCAGAAAUCUGAUAAUUCAUUUGAAAAGGUUUGACAACAUGAUGAAUAAAAAUAACAUAUUUGUUAGAUAUCCCCAAAUUUUAGAUCUAACACCAUUUUGGGCAAACGACUCUGAUGGAAAGUUACCACCUGGUAUCACUGAUGAAAUACCAGCCAGAGGACAAGUACCCCCAUUUAACUACAGAUUAUAUGGUGCUGCAUGCCAUUUCGGGACUUUGUACGGGGGACAUUACACAUCAUAUGUUGACAAAGGUCCCGAAAAAGGUUGGAUUUAUUUUGACGACACAGUAUACAGACCUGUAAGAUUCCAAAAUGAAUUUAUAAGCCCUAGUGCCUAUGUUUUGUUUUAUCAUCGCAUAACGUCUUAG